AUGCACUGGAGCCGGAGGAGAGGGAGGGAAGCCGAGCCGCGUUGGGAGCUGGAGGAGAGGGAGGGAGGCGAGAUGCGCUGGAGCUGGAGGAGAGGGAGGGAAGCCGAGCCGCGUCGGGAGUGGAGGAGCGGGAGGGAGGCUGAGCAGGGCUGGAGUGGGAGGAGAGGGAGGGAGGCGAGACGCUGGAGCGGGAGGAAGCGGAGGGAGGCCGAGCAGCAUCGGGAGCUGGAGGAGAAGGAGGGAGGCCAAGAUGCGCUGGAGCGGGAGGAAACGGAGGGAGGCCGAGCCGCAUCGGGAGCUGGAGGAGAGGGAAGAGAGGCCAAGCAGCGCUGGAGUGGGAGGAAACGGAGGGAGGCCGAGCCGCAUCGGGAACUGGAGGAGAGGGAGGGAGGCGAGAUGCGCUGGAGCGGAGGAGAGGGAGGGAAGCGAGCCGCGUCGGGAGCUGGAGGAGCGGGAGGGAGGCUGACCAGGGCUGGAGUGGGAGGAGAGGGAGGGAGGCCGAGACGCGCUGGAGUGGGAGGAAACGGAGGGAGGCCGAGCCGCAUCGGGAACUGGAGGAGAGGGAGGGAGGCCGAGAUGCGCUGGAGCCGGAGGAGAGGGAGGGAAGCCGAGCCGCGUCGGGAGCUGGAGGAGCGGGAGGGAGGCUGA